AAAAUUGUAGUAAGUAUGUAUGGAAUGCAUAUAGACUUACUGCGUUUUAACUUUGAGGAACAGCGUGAGAUACGAGGUUUUUUAAAAGUAGUGACGAUUUGUAUGAUCUUAUUUUUAGUUAUGAUAGUUUAAAGUUUAGAGCACACAGCACAUUUGACAACCACCUGACCCUCUAAUUUCAGUACAAAGUAUCACAGGGCCUAUGGUCCGUUUACAUGACUCGCUUGUGUGCGUGAAGUUGAAGUUGGUGUUACAAAAGGCACGAUUGAGUUGAGACAAUUACCAUAAAUUGUUUAUCCUUAUGAUUUGUUUAUAACUUUAAGAACUUUAUUAGGUAGCAAUUAGGUACUGUAUUUAAGUCCUAUGUUGCAAAGUGAAAAUGUAUAGGUAAUUAUUAUGCGCUUGCUGUUAUAGGCGUUAUAGCUAACAAAAUUACAUUUAGAUUAGGCGUUGAAUUUAACUUAAGUGCGCUUUUUAAUGUCAAAUAUGUAUUGGAUGAAUAAUUCGUAAAGAAUGGCUUUACCGGCGGCUAUCUGCUCACCCAUUCUGGGUAGAUAAGAUAUCAGAUAUCUACAUUACGCAGCGACCACGGCACUCCCGUGUAUAAACAUAGGUUAUACUUAGGUUAAAACAAAUGAACACAUACAGUGAACAUGAGUAAAACCGUAUUGUUUUUAAUAAUCAGCUUCAUUUGUGCAGUCACCGAAGGCGUGGUCUUCUCCAGCUUGCCAGAGCACCUCCUACCAUGUUACCGGAGCGGCGGACCAGCGCUGGGGGCGCCGCGGAGACUCGACGUCUUUCUGUCGCUGUUGAAGAAACUAGAAGUCAACCAUGCACUAGACAUGAGACUGUUUAGCACUUCCUUGCUUAGAAGUUUUCGUCUAGACGGCAUAGAAGAAGCCGCGAACGCCGUGGAAACUGAGUUCGUCACCCCCUAUCGAGCUUCAGGCUUCCAAUUCAACAAGUACAAGCUCCUCAUGGACUUGUUCCUGCCGACUCAGAACCUUUUGGACCCGGAGAUCCUGUCGGUUGAGGAGAAAUGUCUGUUGCAUGUUAUGAUGAGUGGGUCCGUGCGGCAUUGGGAGAGGGGGGAUGAGGACAGAGUUUGUCCGCUAGCCAGCGAGCAGAUGCAGCAUUUGGCGCAUAAUGAGAGUAGAGUCAUCAGCAGAUGCCCAAUAGAAGUCGGCGUGAUAAAGACAGACUGGGGCACAAUAUCCUCUGGUACCCUAAUAGCAGCCGUGGCCGCAGCCUUAGAACCGCAGCGGGUGGCAGUCGCGGACAUCCUGAACGCGGACGUGUACAAGGCGGACGUGGCCGAGCCGCUCGUGGCCGAGGCCAAGGGGGAGUGGUACUCGGACAUAGAGACCCUCGACGGCCAGGAGCAGAGGGAUGUGCCGGAUAUUAGUAACUUGUAUGUUGCUACUUUAGCAGGGGAUUUAGCAGAAGUAGUAGUGAACCAAGGUCCUCGAGUCGGUCCGUCUUCGCAACGUCUAGUUAUCGGCAGCAACAACCGAUGGAACGACACGAUGCUGCCUCGAAAUUACUUCAUGUAUCCUCAGAACAGCUCUAACGUAGAUUGGCAGAUUAGUGAUGCUGAGAUACUGGCUGGCAUCGAUGGUUUAAUAUUAGCGAGCUAUUUACCCACAUGGAUUUCCCAAAGGAAUUCCCUCCGGCUCUCCCAAGUCCUCGACAUGUACUACUCCGACGAAGGCGUGUCGUUCGAGCCGCGAGUGAAGGCCUGCAACCGCCAGUCGCUGUUCAAAUCCAUCGUGGACAGUAGCACCUUGGCUACGGAGACUUCUAGAUUCGCUCAUGUGUUGUAUCUUACGCAAGGCGGAGUGUACAUUCCUGUGGAGAAAAUGAAUCGGAUCAGCGAUGCCGCUGUUUCUGCUUUUACUGAAUACCUAACAACAAUUUUUAGUCAACAUCACAGAGAAUGUAAAGGACCGAGCAGUACGCCUCAGAUGAAUCUCGUGAUUGCGACGGAUGGUGCGUGGAAACAAUACGAUGUGGAACAAUUUGUCUCAUGGGUGGGAGACGCACUGGAGCUAGAUUUAGAACGGAGCACAUUGGGCUUGCUGCACGGGAACACUGGUCGAUGGAUCGCUCCUCCGGCCCACAACCUGACCGCCGUGUUCACUAGCAUUAGCAACUUCACUGACGAUUGGCCAAAUCGUAUGAACAUCCCCAACGUAAUCUCAACAGUCAUUCAGCAUGCUCAAAACCAGUCAAUUCUUGAGCAGAACAGUACCGCUGCUAUAAGUACAGUGGUCCUCAUAAUCAGUCCAAGCGAUCGGCCGUCUGCCAACGAUAUCGAACGGGCCAGGGAACUGAUGCACUCUUUGAGGAGUUCCUUCUUCGAUAUAUACUUCGCUUAUGCUUCGACGGACUUGGUGCCGUUUCAGAAUAUCAAUAACGAGUAUAUGGAUUAUUCUGAGAUAUUUUUGCAGACAGAAUCGACAAACGUCAUGGAUGCGGUAAAUGCCAUCGAUCUCUAUUUGAAGGAAAACGAUCUUCCGACCAGAAUCUUUGGCGCCCAAUGCCCGUUCAACGACACAGUCUUCAACCUGGUACCGUACGAGGAUUUCGUACUGGCACCGGGCAUCAAACGGUCAUAUCGCAUACAUCCCUUCUAUUUGACGGAGCAACCGUUAAUCAAUGUGCAGUUUCGCAAUCAAGGCCACGGAGAACUUUUGGUCUGUAGUUGGCGUGGCGCAGAAGCAUCGCGGAAUUGUCAAACAAUUCCUCAAAGAAAUCUGCACACUUUCAAUAUCACUACACCUUGUGCGUCUAUAGACUUCUGCAUUCCAGUAAAUUUUGAAGUAAGCGCUACGGCUACGGAAAAUUUUUGCGCAAAUAACGAUUGCCGCUUUCCAAACCAAGUGGGUUAUUACAUACAGCAUUCAGGCUUGCGGUGUCUGCCUCUACGUGGAUCCGCAUCGAGAAUUUCUCUUCAUUGGAAACUGCAAUUAUUUAUUUAUUUCAUAAUUAUGUGUAUUUAUGGACUGCAAAUGUAACAACUCUGUUGAUGAUAAGGUUUUGUAAAUAUAAUAAAUUAGAUCUGUCCAUUUUCUUGUGUCUUUUCGGGAUAAGUAUAAGUCAUACAAUAAAAAAAACCCUAAAAAAUAGUGCUUGUUUGCGUCUAAUAAAAUUUAGUAAAAUCAGUCAUCUUUAAUUUCAGCCGGAUGUGACAGUCUGACAGUAUCAUGUGUAAUGUGCUGAUUAUUACGUGUAGGCUCCGCAUGUUUAAGGAGCAAAAAUAAAUAAAACUGCAGGUUACAUACUCCUUAACCUGACCUACAGUUGAUCUGUUCUGCUCAGCAUAUUUCCAAAAAUAACUUGUUUGAUGGUUUUUACUUUUAGUGCACUAAUGCACUUUAAAUGAUACAUACUCAUGACUCAAUGUAUUAUCAAAUUUGUUAUGGUUACAGCAAUGUAAAAA